UUUUUCUGGGUUUAUGCUUUGCUGUGAUUUGGCUCUUUUGCAGCAAAUGUGGAAUCAAGAAAAAGACCACCUAAAGAAGUUCAAUGAACUAAUGGUUGCAUACAGAGUUCGGCCUACUGUUUUGUUGCCUCUUUGGAACAUAGCAGGGUUUCUUUUAGGGGCUGGAAGUGCUUUACUUGGAAAGAAAGGGGCGAUGGCUUGCACAGUGGCAGUGGAAGAGAGUAUAUCAGAUCACUACAACAGGCAGAUCCGAACUCUUGUGGAAGAAGAUCCAGAAAAGUACAAAGAACUGUUGCAGAUAAUAAAGCAAUUUCGGGAUGAUGAACAGGAGCACCAUGACAUUGGGCUGGAGCAUGAUGCAGAAGCGGCCCCAGCUUACUCGGUUUUGAAGACAGCCAUACAACUAGGAUGCAAAGCUGCAAUAUUCUUAUCAGAAAGAAUUUAG